AUGCUCUCCCACUCCAACCACGACACCUUCGAAGGCCUCGUCCUCAAGGACGUCAUCCCGACAACCCGACCCCCCUGGUACCGCGACGCAACGCUCCUAAAGCUCAACAGCCUCCUCCUCUGCGCCCUCCUCACCCAAAUCGCCUCUGGCUACGACAGCAGCAUGCUCAACGGCAUGCAAUCCCUGCCGCAGUGGGUAGAAUACUUCGGGCAGCCCACCGGCACGCGCCUCGGCGCAAUGACGUUCGGUCCGACAGGCGGCACGCUCAUCUCAGUGCUCAUCUCCUCGCAGCUCUGCGAGAGAUUCGGUCGUCGGUACCCCAUCUGCGGUGGCUCGAUUAUCAUUAUCGUCGGCGGGAUCAUACAGGCUGCAGCGGUGAACUAUGGCAUGUUCGUGCUCUCCCGGUUCAUCGUGGGCUUCGGACUCGGGAUCGUGGCGACUGCGGCGCCGCCGCUCCUGACGGAAGUCGCGUACCCAACGCACCGGGGAAAGCUUGUCUCGUUUUACCUCGUUACCUGGCCGCUCGGCUCGCUGAUCGCGGCGUGGGUUACAUACGGGACGUUUAAGAUGGACAACUCAGACUGGAGCUGGCGGAUCCCGAGCGCGCUGCAGUGUUUUUUCAGUCUCAUCCAGGCGAUCCUCUCCCUCUUCGCGCCGGAGUCGCCCCGCUGGCUGAUUUACCAAGGACGCCGCGAGGAGGCGUUGAACAUCCUAACAAAAUACCACGGGCACGGCGAUGGCGACUCGCGGCUGGUCCGGUUCGAAAUGGCUGAGAUCACGGCUACACUGGAGAUGGAAAAAGCCCAGCGUCUCUCCCGCUGGACGGAGUGGCUGUCGACAAAAGGAAACAGGCACCGUCUGUUUCUGGCGUGCUAUAUCCCCGCCAUGCUGCAGUGGUCCGGGAACGCGUUGACGUCUUACUAUCUCGCCAAAGUGCUCGUUACCAUCGACAUCACGGACCCCAAGACCCAACUCAUCAUCAACGCGUGCCUGUCUGUCUGGGGAUUCCUGACCGCAGCGGUUUUCGCAACAAUGGUUGAUCGCGCUGGCCGCCGCCGGCUGUUCCUGCUGGGCAUGUCGAGCAUGGGCGUCGCGUACAUAAUAUGGACGAUCUGCUCGGCCCUCAACGAGAAACACAAUUUCGAGGAUAAAGGGUAUGCAGGUGGCGUUUUGGCCAUGAUCUUCGUCUUCAGCGCAGCAUACCACAUGUGCUCGCCGGUCGCACCAACAUACAUCAUGGAAGUCGUGCCGUUCUCGCUGCGGUCCAAGGCGGCGAUGAUGUACCAGCUCACGGGAAAUUUAGCGGGGCUGUAUAACAGUUUUGCGAACCCGGUCGCCAUGGAUGCGAUUUCCUGGCGGUAUUAUAUCGUGUGGUGUGUUGUUAUUGGGGUUAAUUUUACUUUGAUCUGGUUGUUCUUUCCGGAGACAAAGGGGAAGGGGCUUGAGGAGGUGGCGGAGAUCUUUGAUGGGCCUGAUGCUCUGGCUGGACGGAAUGCCAUGAGGGAGAUGGGGCUGGAUGGGAAUCCGGAUAAGGCUGUUGCUGGAGGGGAGCAUGUUGAGCGGGCGUGA